AUGGAGCCGGCGGUGGAGAGGAAGGUGCCCGAGCAGGAGGAGCAGCUGCAGCCGUCGCACGCCCGGGCCGAGGACGCGCCGCCCGCCGCCGUCGAGGAGGAGGACGAGGCGGAGGCGGAGGAGAGCGAGCGCCGCAGCCGCGAGCUCAAGGCCGGCCUCCAUCCCCUUAGGCGCAAGCUCGUGCUCUGGUACACCCGCCGGACGCCCGGGACGAGGUCGCAGUCGUACGAGGACAACAUCAAAAAGAUCGUCGAUUUCAGCACUGUCGAGUCGUUCUGGGUUUGCUACUGCCACCUCGCACGCCCGUCCUCCCUCCCGAGCCCCACGGACCUGCAUCUUUUCAAAGAGGGUGUCCGUCCACUCUGGGAGGAUCCUGCAAAUCGGAAUGGUGGCAAGUGGAUUAUACGGUUCAAGAAGGCUGUUUCUGGGCGUUUCUGGGAGGAUUUGGUGCUGGUUCUAGUGGGUGAUCAACUUGAUUAUAGUGAUGAUGUUUGUGGCAUUGUGCUAAGUUGUCGUUUCAAUGAAGACAUCCUGAGCGUCUGGAAUCGGAAUGCAUCAGACCAACAGGCUGUGAUGACAUUAAGAGACUCGAUUAAGAGGCACUUGAAGCUGCCACACACCUAUCUGAUGGAGUACAAGCCACAUGACGCCUCGCUGCGAGACAACUCGUCCUACAGGAACACAUGGCUGAGAGGUUAA